AUGUCGGUGCGCGCCGCGGAGGACGAAAAGGGGGGGGCGGGCGACUCCGCCGACGUCGCGCCGCGGUCGCCGCCGAGGCGGAGGCUCCCGGAGACGUUCAGGGAGCUCCCGGAGAACGGCCUCGGGGAGCUCGCGGCGUGUUUACGCGACGCCGGGUUGGAGCAUCUCGUCGAGGCGACGCUGCGGCAAAAUUUGACGUCGACGGCGACGUCGCGGCGCGAGUGA